AUGCUCGCCCGACAGACGGUUACGCGGACGGCGGUGCAGUCUACCCGGAUCCUGCUACGGCUGCCGGCGACGCAAGCGAGUCGACGAUUCCUCGUAGAGUCGAGGGCGACGACGCCCUCCCAAGCGGCAUACGACAUCCCCGCCGCCUGGUACAGCAGCGCCGCCGAGGCUACCGCCCCUCCCAAGGCACCCCUCCAAUCACAGCCCGCACCGCUUUCGUCGUCUGCGCAGGAACGCGAGGCUGCGGCGUCGCACAACGCCUCGGCGCCCACACCGACACCCGUCGGCGCUGCGGCCCGCAAGGCGGCCAUGACGAUCUCGGCGGACGCGGUGCGGGAGCUCCGCCGGCUGCUGGACCUACCGGAGCCGAAGCUGAUCAAGGUGGGCGUGAAGCAAAAGGGGUGCAGCGGGCUGGCGUACGACCUCGAGUACGUGGAUAAGCCCAGCCUGCUGGACGAGGUGGUGGAGCAGGAUGGGGUCAAGCUCGUGAUUGAUAACCGGGCGCUGAUGAGCGUCAUCGGGAGCGAGAUGCAUUGGCAAGAGGACAUGCUGAGCAAGAAGUUUGUCUUUCGGAAUCCCAACAUCAGUGAGUUUUUUUUCUAA